CAUUCGUGUUUGCGUGGUCACAUCUCACGAUUCUUUGGCAAGCAAACUAUAAAGAGGCGCGCCCAGUUGCGCGCACACAAUUGAGUAGACGUGCCAUCACGUUUGCACUCAACCCUGCACCCUCCUCGUCAACAACACCCAGCGCCAAGGCAUCUCGCCUUCGCCGUCGCUUGACUUGAUCUCCAUAGCAUCUCUCGAUCUCCAUAGCAUCUCUCGACUACACAGGAGGCUGCGAAGAGCCUCUGUGCGCGACAGAACCACCCGCCACCCCUCCUUCCGUCUCGAACACCUGCACUUCUCUCGCUGGCACCACCCACGGCGACUGCAAUAUGUCGAGCACCAACCCAGCACCAGAGGCCAAUGCCGCUCUGGAGAUCUCAUGCGACGUUCACACUGUACUUUUCGACAUGGACGGUACCCUCAUCGACUCUACACCCGCAGUCAAUGCCACUUGGCGGGAAACAUGCGACAGGUUUGGACUCGACUACGACGAGGUGCUCAAGACUUGUCAUGGAUGGAGAACGGUCGAGAAUCUGACCAGGUUUGUCCCUUCCAUCCCAGCAGCAGACAUGCCCAAAGAGGUGGCCAUCUUCGAAGGCAGGAUCAGUGAAAUUGCACAAGAUUGCUUGGAUGGAAAGAGGCAGGACGGCAGGAUCGACGCUAUGCCUGGCGCAAAGGAGCUGCUACGAGACAUUAGCGCUGGCCGCAGUGAAAGUCCAAUGCGAAGGGCUGGUUGGGCCAUCGUCACGUCAGCAACUGCCGCAUACGCUCAUGUCGGCUUCGCCUCGUCUCAAGUGUCCGCGCCACCAGAGAUCUUCAUCACGGGCGACAUCUGUGCGCGAGGCAAGCCGGACCCCUUCCCCUACUUGCUCGGAGCGGAGAAAGCCUUGGCACCUCCUCAGCAGUGCGUCGUCGUGGAAGAUGCCCCCGCUGGAGUCAGGUCUGGCAAAGCUUCUGGUGCUAGAGUGCUGGGACUAUGCACCACACAUUCGGAACGGAGCAUGUGGGAAGCCGGGGCUGAUUGGGUAGUUGAAGACUUGAGGGAUGUCAGCGCCAAAUGGCAGGGAGACGGGCCCGCUGCAAAGCUGACGCUCAGAAUUGCGUCCAAGGCGGCUCCCACCGAUGUGACCCAGACGACGGGCGACAAAGCUUGAGCUUUCGGUUCGCCACCCAGCCGCGGAUGUGAUCUCACAUUCAGAUCCAGACUCAAUUCAGGUCCGUCAUCGUGGCCUGGCUGCACGCCUACUUGUACACACAGCACUCGAGAGUCUCACUGCCAACCGACCAUUGAAAUUCGCUGUCGUGGCUCGACCCCUUCGCUAGCGUUUGUUGCUACUGUUCACUGUCGCGAUCAGUUGGCACCUGGUGCUCAUGUCCUGUCUCAGUUGUUUCUGAAGAGCAAACCCUUACAUUUGCGGGUACCGCACAGGCACUUGAUUGCGCUCAGCUUGGAAUUGACACCGACUUCCUGCCCGACGGGCUUCUCUGCGAGCUCUUCUAUAGCCUUGUCGCGCUGCACAGCAUCUGUCAUCUCCUCUGCCUCUUCUUGUGACUGACCAGA